AUGUUAGUGGUUAUUAUAGCAUGCCAAAAGGGGGGACAAUCCAGCCCUUCUACUGUUCAUGACCGCCCUUGUUUUCUUGAUGACCGCAUCAAUCUCCCAGUUAUUAAUAUGGAUGUGCAUAGUAACAUACCUAUUUAUGGUGGUGGAAGCUAUCUGGAUGCUAACACCAAAUUCAUUAGCAAUUAUUUUCCUCAUCAACACACAAAUAAUUGUGAUGCCGACAUACUACAACCUACCAAAAGAGAAAAAAAAAUGAUUUAUGAAUUUUCCAAACAUUUCCAAUCACAAGAUACAUGGAAAUGUCAACCACAAACAAUUGAAAGUGAAGCAGCUUCUUGA